CCCUCCUCGUCCUCUACACUCCCUCUCUCCUCUCCUCUCCUCUCCUCUCCUCUCUCACCCCAAUCCUCUCUCCCAUCUCUCUCUCUCUCUCUCUCUCUCUCCACAUUACUAUGGGUUUCACAGCAUCAGACAAGCCGCUAAAGUUCCUGAUCUAUGGCCGCACCGGCUGGAUAGGUGGGCUACUCGGCAAGCUCUGUGACUCCCAAGGAAUCGACUAUGUCUACGGCUCGGGCCGACUAGAGAACCGAACCUCCCUCCAAGCCGACCUCGACUCCGUCAACCCGACCCACGUCUUCAACGCAGCCGGGGUCACCGGCCGACCCAACGUCGACUGGUGCGAGUCCCACAAGGUCGAGACCAUCCGCACUAAUGUCGUCGGAACCCUAACCCUAGCUGAUCUCUGCCGGACCAAAGGCCUCGUUCUCAUCAACUACGCCACUGGCUGUAUCUUCGAGUAUGACUCGGAGCAUCAGCUCGGGUCGGGUGUCGGGUUUAAGGAGGAGGAUAUUCCCAAUUUUAUUGGAUCCUUCUAUUCCAAGACCAAGGCUAUGGUGGAAGAGUUACUGAAGAAUUAUGAGAAUGUGUGUACGCUACGUGUCAGAAUGCCAAUCUCGUCCGAUUUAUCCAAUCCCCGGAAUUUCAUCACAAAGAUCACUCGUUAUGAGAAGGUUGUUAACAUUCCAAAUUCCAUGACAAUCUUGGAUGAACUCCUCCCCAUUUCCAUUGAGAUGGCAAAGAGAAACCUCACCGGGAUAUGGAACUUCACAAACCCCGGAGUGGUAAGCCACAAUGAGAUUCUAGAGAUGUACCGGGAUUACAUUGACCCCAACUUCACAUGGAAGAACUUCAAUCUUGAGGAACAGGCAAAGGUGAUCGUCGCCCCAAGGAGCAACAAUGAGCUUGAUGCGUCAAAACUGAAGAAGGAAUUCCCCGAACUGUUGUCCAUUAAGGAAUCGCUCAUCAAGUACGUGUUCAAGCCUAACCAGGAGACUUUUGUCAAAUAAAACUUGGAGGUUUUGAGUUUUUAAUUAUUAUUAAUAGUAUUAUUUAAAUUUAAUUCAUGUGGGGUUGGUGUGAUCUCUACAUCAUAUGGGAUCCUCUUUCUUCGUGACAUGCUUGGUUGCGUCUUUAGUAUUCGAAUGUUGUACUUGUAUUUGUAUUACCAUGAUUAUGAAUAAAUUAAUUGGAAGUGAUUUCUUUAAUUGUUGUCA